AAUAAACAAAUCCAAAGGCCACCUCGAGAAAAACGGAGAAGAAGGAUUUUCACGGAAAUAAUGGGGAGUUUUGAACAGAAAAAGAACCUUCUCUUCACGUCGUUGGAAUCGGCGGAACAGAACAUCGGGACGGAUUCCGUGCUGCAUCAAAACGUAAGCGAAAUCGACUACAGCCUCGACCGCAAGGGAUGCCGCCCAGGAAAGCUGAUAAAUGUCGAUCGCUACCGGAACCGAGAGAGCAUCUUCAAGCGACCAGCAGCACCCAUUGGCCACUGUUUGAAACGAUCAACGGUGCCGGACUUCCAGCGUAACCCGCAAAAGUGGACCAAGUACACGCUGGAAGAUGUAGAUACGUCCGAGCGCACCAACACGGCCGCAGCUUUCUCGUUUCUGAGACAAAUCGAAGAGCAACGGGAAGCCUCAUUAGCCCUACAGAACGCAUUGGAAGCGGGAGAUGUGCAGGAUGAGACACAAGAAGACACACAACAGCCCAAGGUUGGUUUCUGUAAAUCGGUUGUGCGUUUCAAUAGAUCCGUUCGGCUGAGAGGGCAGCUGGAGGAAGCCGAUGAAUCACCGGAACCAGCGAGUGAAGACCGACCUCAGAUGAAUGGACGGCGUGUCCUGAUGCCCGAGUAUGUUGUGGGACAGAAGAUACCCAAAAGGCCCAAGCGAACACUCGGCAGUAGCACGACGACGAGCAAGGCAAACCCGGCUACCCAAAUGCAGCUGGAUCAUUUAACGGAGGAGAACGAGGAAGAUGAUGAGGACGAAGAAGAAGAUUGCAAUGGGAUAGAUUAGUUGUGGUACAUGUUUUGAAGGCGUAAUUUUAAGGUUAUCUUUAUCCCUCUUGCUAAUAGAGCUAUCAAUAAAAUGCAGAACUGCUUCAAUUAA